GUGUCUUUGGCGGUUGUCAAGGAGCCCGGUCUUUGAGCAGCUUAAACAGAGGCGCACCUGUUCCUGUAUGUGUGUGUAUAAGUGUGUGCGUGUGUGUGUGUGUGUGUGUGUGUGUGUGUGUGUGUGUGUGUGUGUGUGUGUGUGAGUGUGUGCUGGCUUUUUGACACAGGAUCUUCACAAGUGUUUCUGCCGCUCGCACUGAGUAACUCAUGGAUGGAGAGGAGGCAGAAGAGGACUAACUGGAAUAAGAAAAGAGAAUAUAAUAACUAAAAGAGACACAACAAAAUGCCUCCAAAAAGGAAAAAUGAUGCUGUAAUUAGGGUUGAAGAUGUUGGGAUGGAUGUUGAUGCUGUGGACAGUGGAAGUGAAGAUGAGGCCAGGAGGAGGACCAAAAACAGAAGAAACAAACCACAACGUAAGGUCAAACGGGUCAGUGAUGAUGAGGAGGACGAAGAGGACGAGGACGAGGCACCAAGGAAGAGAGGACGAAAGAAGAAGGCCAAACCCCGGGACAGCGACGAAGACGACGAGGAAGACAGCCGCAGUGUGAAAAGCAAAAGCUCAAAAGCCUCCAGGAGGAAAGCUGCGAAGGAGGAGAGCGAUGAGGAGAGCGAGAAAGAGCAGAAGACGAGGAAAAAACGAGGGAAAGGGGUGUCCAAACUGGAGAAAGAGGAGCAGAACAAGGAGAAGAAAGGAAAGGGGAAAGAUGGGACAAAGAAUAAAGGUGGUGAGAAGGACAAGAAAAAGAAGAAUGGGAAGUUGAGCAGCUCGUCUGGCUCUGAGUCUGAUGAAGACUCGAUGUCGGAGGGAGAGAUGGCAGCCCUGAAGGAAGAGGUAGAGGAAAAGAAGAAAGUGAUCGCGACGUUGAGGAACCAACCCUGGCGCAUGAAGAAAAGACUCGUCGUGCUCAAGGAGGCCCAGGAGUUUGUUGAAAAAUUUGAAGGCGCUCUUGGGAAAGGAAAAGGCAGGAAACUGUAUGCAUACAAAGUCAUGAUGACCAAGAAACUAAUCAAGUUUAAACGUGACUUUGAGAACUUCAAAACAGCCUGUAUACCGUGGGAGAGGAAGAUAAAAGAAGUAGAAAGUCACUUUGGAUCAUCUGUGGCAUCCUACUUUAUAUUCCUGAGGUGGAUGUACGGUCUGAAUCUGGUCCUGUUUGGGUUCAUGUUUGGUCUGGUGAUUCUGCCCGAGAUUCUUAUGGGUCUUCCAUAUGGCUCCAUUCCCAGGAAAACUGUGCCGCGAGAGGAGCAGGAAACAGCCAUGGACUACUCUGUGCUCUUUGACUUUGGAGGUUACUGCAAGUACUCGUUCCUGUUCUACGGGUACUACAACAACGAGCCAACGAUCGGGGUGCUGAAGUUCAGACUCCCUUUGUCAUACCUGCUGGUGGGGGUUGGCAUCUUUGGCUACAGCCUAAUGGUUGUCAUAAGAACGAUGGCUCGUAACGCAAAUGAAGGCGGAGAUGGGGGAGAGGAGGGAGACUUCACCUUCAGCUGGAAGAUGUUCACCAGCUGGGAUUACCUGAUCGGAAACCCUGAGACUGCAGACAAUAAGUACGCCUCCAUUACCACCAGCUUCAAGGAAUCCAUUGUGGAUGAACAGGAGAAUCAGAAAGAUGAGAACAUCCAUCUCCGACGGUUCCUCAGGGUUCUGGCAAACUUUCUGAUCGUGUCUUGCCUCGGAGGCAGCGGAUACCUCAUCUACUUUGUGGUGAAACGUUCUCAGGAGUUUGCUAAUAUGAAGAAAGAUAAUCUGUCGUGGUUUGAGAAGAACGAGGUGGAGUUUGUGAUGUCUCUGCUGGGGCUGGUGUGUCCUCCUCUGUUUGAAACCAUCGCAGAACUGGAAGAUUAUCACCCUCGUAUUGCCCUCAAGUGGCAGCUGGGACGAAUCUUUGCCCUUUUCCUGGGAAACCUUUACACCUUCCUCUUCGCCCUGUUUGAUGAAGUUACUGCCAAGUUGGAGAGCGAGAAGGUAAUCAAGAAUUCCACUGAAUGGGUUUUGAACCAGUACUAUUCCAACUACAGCUCCUUCUACAACACGACAGAUGUGCCUCCUCCAGCUGUGCACCCAUCCGACGUCAUCAGAGGACCCUGCUGGGAGACCGGAGUGGGAAUAGAAUUUGUGAAGCUGAUAGUGUCUGACAUUCAGGUGACCUAUUUGACCAUCCUGAUUGGUGACUUUGUGCGAGCUGUCAUUGUCCGCUUCCUAAACUACUGCUGGUGCUGGGACCUGGAGGCCGGAUUUCCCUCGUAUGGAGAGUUUGACAUCAGUGGGAAUGUGCUGGGGCUUAUCUUCAAUCAAGGAAUGAUAUGGAUGGGAGCGUUUUAUGCUCCAGGUCUGGUGGGUCUGAACGUUUUGCGCCUCCUGAGCUCGAUGUACUACCAGUGCUGGGCAGUGAUGUGCUGUAACGUUCCUCACGAACGUGUUUUCAAGGCCUCGCGGUCCAACAACUUCUACAUGGGCCUGCUGCUGCUCGUCCUGUUCCUCAGCCUGCUGCCUGUUGUCUACACCAUCAUGACCUUGUCUCCGUCCUUCGACUGUGGGCCCUUCAGCGGCCAGGAGAAGAUGUAUGACGUGAUCAUGGAGACUAUAGAAAAAGAUCUUCCAGCCUUCAUAGGGAACUUAUUUUCAUAUGCGACCAACCCUGGACUCAUCCUGCCCGCUGUUCUCCUCAUGGUGUUGGCCCUCUACUACCUGAAUGCAGUGUCAAAGGCAUACCAGCAAGCAAAUACGGACCUUAAAAAGAAGAUGCAAAUGGCUCGAGAUGAGGAGAAGAACCGCAGGAACAACAAGGACAGUACUAAUCAAGUGAUGAAAGACUUGGAGGACCUGCUGCCAAACAAGUCUCUAAUACCACCUCCCACUGAGGAAGAGCCACCCCCACCUGAUGUUGUAAUUGAGAAGGGCAGCAAGUCUCCCAAAAUGAAGCCAGGUGCAGCGGCAAAAGGGGUUAAUCUGCAAAAGGAUGUGUCCCUGGCUGCCCCAAACCCCAGAGCUCCAGUGACCCGUGCCCCAGGGCCAAGAAAAGGGCCUCCUGGAAAUGCCAGGGGGCCUCAACCUGGGCCUGGGAGAGGAAGAGGUCGGGGUGGGCCUCCAAGGCACUAAGAGUCUCGAUUCAUGGACUAAAAUACCUACAAUUCACCACAAACAACCAGUGUCUGUUAACGUGACCACUGCAGUUACACAGCAUAUAGCCACUAUGAUAAUUUAAUUAUUUAAAUGUUAUUGAUUGAUGAAAAAUUAUAAUUUUACAUCAAGUUAUGAACCUUUUUUUUGCCUCAAUGAAAAGUAUCAUAACUAGUAUUUUAAACAUGCCAAUUUCUUAAUCACAUAUAAUUAACCACUGAAGAAAUUCACACUACAGCCUCCACAGUCAAGUCCCAUAAUGUCCUUGAUGUGGAGGCGGAUAUGAGACUUUGUUUAAAGUACAUGGACACAGACAUUCACUGUUACAUCUGUAUUACCGGUCUUACUACAACAAAAUGCGAAACAAUUCCCAGCAAAGUACCUUAUAUACAGAUACACUGUAUAGCAUGAUCGGGUUUACUGUAUUGCAAUCAGAUUUACUGGUUAUUAAUGUGGGUCAACAAUUUUAUUGAUUUCAUUUGGAAAUCCCUGUAAAUAGUAUGUAAAAUGUCAUUUUUUUGUAUGACACCUAUUAAAAUCGUUAUUUUCUGGCAAA